AUGCGUAGCCAUCCCACCUUCGACGUUUCAGAUCGAAGUAUCGUUAAAGCCACUCUAUCAGAAAAGCAAUCCCGAACGGAUUUGGAGAAAACAACGCUUAUACAAAGAGAAGCUGUGAAGCGCAUGAGUAAAGAUGAUAUUUUUGUCAGUGCAGAAGAAGCGAAGAACUAUGUCGAAAAUCUGUUCAACAACACAGAAAAAGAGUUACAGCGCAAAACCGCUGAAACUGUGUUUUUACCCGGUGAGCUUUCAUGGUCACAGUACACUCGAGGAGACCGCUAUUCUAAGUAUCUUUCAUUUUCUGCGCUUGUAUCCGUCGAGACGACACAGAAGCUGGCGGCAAAGUCAGCAGUAGGGGCGAAAAUUAUUGAUGGUCUUUCACUAGUUAACCUCAAUGGAUCUGCUAUACAAACUUUGUGUCCUGUCAUCCCCAUUGAGGAGUGCAUUGCUGGGAAAUAUAGAACUUACUCUGGACACUGCAACAAUGUAAUCCACCCUCAGUAUGGAGCUAUUUAUGAGCCUCUGCAAAGACUUCUUCCACCGGACUAUGAAGAUAAAAUCUCAUCUCCUCGCACUUCGAAAACAGACAAACCACUACCAUCUGCUGCUGAUGUUGCUUCACUCUUCACUCCAGCUCCAAGAGGACAUGCAACUUGCUCGAUGAUCCUUGCCCAAUGGGCUUCGUUCAUCUACGACGAUUUGGCGCAUGUGGCUAGUAAUCGAAUAGAGAAAGGUUUGACCUACUCCCGUUCAAUGCCUACACCAAGAGAAAACUGCAGUUUGGGUCCUCGAGAACAAGGCAACAUGGUUAGCGGUUACCUCGAUGCUAGCCAGAUCUAUGGAUCAUCCCAAGAAACUGCCGAUAAACUGCGAUCUUUCAAAGAUGGUCUUCUUUCUCUUCGCACACUUUCCCCAUCUCAUGCGGGUUUGCCGCAGGCAGAUGACGACGAAGAGUGCAAGAAAGUGUCGCUUAGCUCUCAAUGUCUACUUGCUGGUAGUCAGAGAAUCAAUUUCUUACCGUCUAGUGCAGUGAUGUACACAAUAUGGAUGAGACAGCAUAACUUUGUUGCAGGAAAACUUAAGGAGGUGAACCCCACAUGGAGCGACGAAAAACUUUUCCAAGAAGCACGAAGGAUCGUUAUUGCACAGAUUCAGCACAUUACAUACAGCGAAUUUAUUCCGCUUAUUGUGGGAAAAGACAAUCUCAGAAAAAAUACUCUUGAUUUGCAAGUGAACGGACACGACAGCAGAUAUGAUAUGAACAUCGAUGGCUCACCUUUGAACGUGUACGCAUCAGUAGUUGGACAAUUCUUCCUUACUCUUCUGCCUGAUCAAAUUCCGAUAACAGAUACAUUCGGCAACCAUAAGAGAGAUGAGCCUUUGGGAAAGAUCUUCAACGAUCCCUCCUUCAUUUUUCAAAGAAGUCGCUUUGACUCCGUUUUGCGAUUUUUAACUCAAUCGCCAAUCAUGAAACCUGGCUUGCACCUUUCACCUGAACUGAAAAUUGCUUUCAAGAAAGGACAAUUUGGACAAGGUAUUGACAUGGCUGCAUUUAUCAUUCAAAUGGGACGAGAUCACGGUAUCCCUGGAUAUCUUGAAUGGAGGAGAUACUGUGGUCUUGAUGAAGUCCAGUCAUUUGCAUCCAUGACAUCAAAGUUCCUCUCAUCUGUCAACAUCUCCCUGUUAGAAGAACUAUACAAAUCACCUGAAGAUGUAGACUUGCUUGUUGGAGGACUGGCUGAGGCCUCAUUGCCUGGUGCUCUUCUUGGUCCUACUCUCUCGUGCCUGUUUGCUAAGCAAAUGCAGAAGACCAAGCGAAGUGAUCGGUUCUGGUAUGAAAACUUCUUCUACCCAUCAGCCUUCUCAACCAACCAGCUCGAAGAAAUUCGAAAAACAACAUUGGCACGAGUGAUCUGCGACAACUCGGACGAUAUUCGACACAUACAGCAUAGUGUAUUUACUCUACAAGAUGAUUAUGGGAACUGUCCGGUGAGCUGUAGAUCAUCUGUCAUAGAUACCUUGGACUUUUCCGCAUGGAAGGAUGAAGAGCCUAAACGGUCAUUACCGAUAACGAAGGCAACCGUGGAGAAGGCAAUCCGUUUGGGAAUAGAGCAAUACAAUAGGCUACAAGAGUCAGAAGGACGAAGGAUUCGAGCUCAAGGGCCACCACCAAGCAGAAGCUCACAAUCGGCGGUUUUCUCACAUGCGUCACUAAUGGCGCCCAAACGGGAAUCUCUCGAUAUAGCUAGGAUUGCUGGAGUGCUUAGAGAAGCCACAAAGGUCCUGGUACAAGGGAAUGGUCUCGAAGAGAACGAAAAACUUCCUGUGGGAUUAGACGUAACCACGCUGCAACAGCUUCUGCCAGAUGUGGAAGUGGACAAGAUUGUUGGAAAUUUUACACCAUUUCUCGGACGUGAACCGCUCCCACAAGAGCAAUGCCUGCCACAGCCUCUGCCCUGCGACCACACUACAAAAUAUAGGACCUAUUCGGGCUGGUGCAAUAAUCUACUAUAUCCAAAGUAUGGAAAUGCAUUCACAGGAAUGCGACGACUUCUUGAUCCUGCCUAUGACGAUGUUCAUAAUGAUGCUCCAAAAUUUCAUGUGAAGUUCACUCAUAUGCUUAUGCAGUUCGGUCAAGUGCUCGACCACGACAUGAUGCAUUCUCCAAUCGCAAGAGGACCCAACAACACUAUUCUGAACUGCUCUUCUUGUGAUUCUCAUAAAACGCUCUCAAUUCAUUGCUUCCCCAUCAAGAUAGAAAAAAAUGAUCCGUUCUUCCCUGCAAAACACAGUGAUGGCAGCCCUCGUUGCAUGCCGUUUGCAAGAAGUUUGCUCGGUCAGCUUACACUUGGCUACAGAAAUCAGCUAAAUCAGUUGACGGCUUUUCUGGACCUCUCAUCGGUCUAUGGUUCAACCGAAUGUGAAGCAAACAGACUCCGUCUGUUCAGUCAGGGAAAGCUGAACUUUACGGAUCUUGGAUUUAACAAAGAGGCUUUACCCCAAGGAAAUCAGGAAAGAGACUGUCGCUCGACCCUUGUGUCGCCGGAAAAACGAUGUUUUGUGGCUGGUGACGAACGUAGCAAUGAACAGCCUGGGCUUACGGUCAUACACACGUUGCUGCUGAGAGAACAUAAUCGGAUUGCUUCGCAACUACGUAGAAUAAAUAACUUCUGGACAGAUGAGCAGCUAUUCCAAGAAGCGAGGAGGAUCAACAUCGCAAAGAUUCAGCACGUAAUUUUCAAAGAGUGGCUUCCCGUCGUGCUUGGCUGCGAGGCAAUGGCAAAAUAUGACCUUAUGCCUAAAAAGAGCGGCUAUUUUACUGGAUACGAUCCACAUUGUGAUCCAUCAAUCUCCCAAGAGCUGUCGACGGCCGCGUUCAGAUUCGGACAUACCUUGAUUCGUGCGAACUUUCCGCGAAUGAGUGACGUCUUCAAAAACACAACAGAUUCAGUGGAAUUGAAGGACCAUUUCUCUAACCCGUCACCUCUAUAUAAUCAAUCCGUGGGACAUAUGGAAUCAAUGCUUAUGGGACUUGUGGGAGCUGAGAGCAUGGCCUACGAUCGUCAUAUCACUGAUGCUGUACGUAAUCACUUGUUUGCGAAACCGGGCGGACCCUUGACUGGAAUUGAUCUACCGGCAGUAAACAUCCAGAGAGGGAGAGACCACGGAGUUCAGCCCUAUAACGCUUAUAGAGAGCUUUGCGGACUGAAGAAAGCUCGAACUUUCGAUGACCUGCGGGAAACAAUGGAUGAUUCAGCAGUUGAGGCCCUCAAAAAAGUUUAUGAAAGUGUGAACGAUAUUGAUCUGUUCCCCGGAAUUAUGAGCGAACGUGCUAUGAAAGGAGCAUUGGUUGGACCCUCCCUUGCUUGCAUCAUUGGCGAGCAAAUGCAACGUUUGAAAAAAUGCGAUCGCUUUUAUUAUGAAAAUGACUUGCCUGCAACGAGGUUUACCCCAGACCAAUUAGCAGAGAUUCGUAAGACUACAUUCGCAAAAAUAAUCUGCUCAAACAGUCAUUAUGCUCGAAAAAUCCAACCAAAUGUCUUCAUUAUGGCUGACGACUUGACAAAUGCUCCUACCUCUUGCGCGGAGCUUCCCGAUGCAGAUUAUUUCGAAUGGCUCGACAGAGAUUACUGUCUUAUCGAUCAUCGAGUGAUCAGUCUCGGUAAGACGAAGAGGAUUACCCCUUGUGUGACAUGUACCUGCACAAAGGAAGGGCCUGAAUGUCACUCAAUCACAAUCGAACGCUGCGAACGGCUUUUUGACGAUUUUCUUGUCACGGACAUUGCCAGGGACCCCGUCUGCGUGAUCCAGUGCGCCCGAGCAAUCAAAGAUAGGCAGAACGGAUUGCGAUAGAGCAAGC